CUCAAAACGACAAAGUUGGGAUACACUUUCACUAACUUUGUCUCAGUUAGUCCAUUAGUCUUCCAAAUGUUUCUCUCUUUUCUGUUAGAAGCGGGCGUCGGUGGUUUUGGUUGAUAGAAACGGUCGCUAAAACGUUGCUACUUGUUUUUUCUUCUUCUUUCUUUCUUUGUUUGAGGUCAGUAACCUGUGAAGAAAGCAAAACGGAUUUACUGCAAACUGGGAUUUAUCUGUGCUGGCGUCUAAACAGUUAUGGUCGCCUGUUUUUGAGGCAGAAUAGUCUUUUGUUUUUCUAUAUUUCAAAGAUAAUUUGUCACUAACGAAGGCCAGUACUACACCUGCUGCAAGAAAACACAGGCAAAAGUGACUGGCAAGGCCACAGACCACCUGCCCUCAGGAGUCAAGGAGAGAAGGAAGGAAGGAAGGAAAAAAGGAGAGAAGAAGCCGGAGACAGAUCAUUGUCUAUUGGUGGCCUCUGCUUCCUAUUGUAUACAGAUGUAUGCUGAGAAAGUUGGGACAGAGGGGAAGAUGGGGAACAGGGGAAUCUCUCUGACCUGUGUGUUGACCCCCUGCCGUGUGAUUGGGGUGUGUGUGACACUGAUGACCUUGGGAGCCAUUGGAGCAGCCGUCUGGGCCGUAGUCACGUAUUGCACAUACGAUGAAGACAUAGGGCUGUAUGAUGUCCAGGUAAAUUCUGCUGACCAACGUCUCAGAGUCUUUGACUCUGCCCAGAAGAGGUGGCGUCAGGUGUGCUCCUCCUCAGCCAAUGAGCUGCUAGCGAGCAUCAGCUGUGAAGAAGUGGGCUUCAUCAGCGUGGUGAAUUACUCCGUCUCGUCAGUGCCAGAUGCCAGUGGAGACGGCGGGGACUUCUUCUGUGUCCGACCGCAAGAGCUCAGCUAUGGCAAGAAAAUCAAAGACUCGUUGUUCCCAUGUGACUGUGAGAGCAGGGAGGUGCUCACCCUGUUGUGUCAAGACUGUGGCAGGCGUAGUUUUGCAGCAGACCGUAUAGUCGGCGGUGUGGAUGCCAGGCAGGGCACUUGGCCUUGGCAGGUCAGAUUGGAGUACGACGGAGUUCAUCAGUGUGGAGGAACCAUCAUCUCAAACCGCUGGAUCGUCUCAGCAGCUCACUGCUUCAGAGAACGAUAUCGCUCUGUGAAUCGCUGGCGUGUGCAGCUGGGCUCCAUCUAUAGUAAACCAAUCAACGGCAACGUGGUGGAGGUGAACACCAUUGUUUACCACAGCAGCUACCUGCCCUUUGUAGAUGCUAGCAUUGAUGACAACAGCAGGGACAUCGCUGUGCUGGCCCUCACCCAGCCCCUCACUUUCAACGAAUACAUCCAGCCUAGUUGCCUGCCAGCCUACGGUCAGAGACUGAUAGACGGACAGAUGGGAACAGUAACCGGCUGGGGAAAUGUAGGUUACUAUGGUAUUCUAGCAGAUAUUCUCCAGGAAGUGAACGUCCCCAUCAUCAGUGACGCUGUCUGCAAUGCUCCUGACUACUAUGACAAUCAGAUCACCACCAGUAUGUUCUGUGCUGGUUAUGAGAAAGGAGGCACUGACGCCUGUCAGGGAGACAGCGGCGGGCCUUUUGUGGCAGAGGACUGCCUGUCUAAGACCAGGCGGUAUCGUCUGCUGGGCGUGGUGAGCUGGGGAAUAGGCUGUGCCAUGGCCAAGAAACCUGGCGUCUACACCAGAAUCUCCCGAUUUCUGCCCUGGAUAUCUACGGCCAUGAGGAACUAUCACAACUCACCGGGCCUUCACAAAAUGGCGCGGACAUGAGAUUCCUGCUCCCAUGUUUCCACUUUUUCUACUCUUGGAUGACAACAUUAAAAGACCUGGAAGACGUCAACAGGGGGCAGUUGGACGGAGGGAUGAAAGUCUGUCACGGUUCCAGAUUCUCCUUCUUAUCUAAAGCUUUUUUUAUAUUUAGGAUUAACUUCUUCCUGAACUUUCCCACAUUGUUAAAUGCCCACCAAGACCAUGCUCCUUAAUAGAUUUCCGGUAUCUAAAACACACAGACAGAGCUCUUAAAGAAACAUGACGUUUUAAACAGAUCAGCAAAGAGUUAUUGAAGUUGACUAACAUUGUUCUCAUGAAGUAAAAUAUUGAUAAAUAUAAAAUUCCCUAUACUGGAUUUAAGAUACCAGUUUUGUAAAAUAAAAUGAGAUGAAGUCAAGUUAGAAAUAACCACUAUAACUUGUGAGCUAAACAGCAAUAUGUUGAAUUGAGACUUACAAAGGCUCAGGUUCAUCUUGAGAAUUGUUGAUGAAAUUACAGGGAUUCAUACAAUAAGACACUUAAUUCCUUUAGAGGUUUUAACUUGUUCCACAUGAGUCACUUAGUCCAGUGCCAGACGUCCUGCUGCCAGCGUGCACAGCAAGCUACAAUGAGUGCAGACGGCACUGUUGAUUUGUAAUAAAGAUCAGUCAAGAUCUUGUACUUUUACAUUGUGCAACACUCAGACGCAGGCACACACACACACACACACACACACACACACCAUCUAAAAUGUCAGUAAUUUAUGAGUAAUGCUAAUGAGUAGCUAAAACAUUUCCUGGUGAGCUUUAUUUCGUAAAAUCACAGCACACAAACUUUUCACGUCGUAAGAAUCUAAUUUUAUAUGUAACUUUUACUUGUGGGAUUUUUUUAUAUACUUUUGUAUGAAAAACAAUUAUUCAUUCAAGGUCCGUCUUCAUCAAAGCCCCACAUGAACUGGUGAAGAUGACGCUUGUAUUGAAAUCAGUAUUUUUGUUAUCGCCUUGUAAAUAUUAGUCAAUGUCUUGUUUGUGUAGAUGUUUAUUUGAUGCUUAUUGAUUACCAGAUUUUAAAUGCUGACGAUGUCCCAUGAUAUUAACUGUGUAUGCUCAUGAUCUUCCAUGACCAAUGUAUAGUAUUAUAUACUAAAACUCCCUCUCUGCUCCUAGAGUCAUAUUCAGCAUAAACCACAACAAAGCGAUACACUAUGUUUUAGAUUAGAUAGAUUUGAUUACUUGUAUUGUUCAGAUUCCAGUGGCAUCGGGACACAAAGUGUUGCUAUAGUUUAUUUUAAUGGACAUUAAAAGGAGAGACAAACACAAAGAAAAAAUAAUCUACGGUCAAAUGCAAAGUAUCUGCACUCUGGAUUAAAUCUCUCAAGACUCCACUAGACUGUAAAUAGGAAGUGUUUUGACCCAAUCUGUGGCCAACAUGACAGAAUAUAUAUACAACAGUAUAUCAAAUACAACCUUCGAGAUACAUUAUCAAAAAUAUAAUGCAUCAUUUCACUACUGUAGUCACCAAAUCUGUAUCCUGCACCCGGCCAUAAGCAAGGCUCGGAUGGGAACACAAGUGUAAAAUCCUUUCUGCCACUGAUUGUUAGCUCUUGACUCAAAAUCAUUUUUUUUGCAUCCAUAAAAUCCCAAACUACUCACCACCAGUUCACCCUCUGAAAUACAGUUAAUGCAUGUACAUUCAUGACAUUUAUGAUGUGUGCAAGAUAAAUAAAUGUUCUAAAUGUAAAUUGUUGCAUUGGCUAUUGUAUUGAAAUGAUAACAACUUACCCACAGUCAUUGUGUAAUGAUAUCACAGUUUAUUUAUACAUCUUUAAUACUAACUGUAAAGACUGCAGUCAAAAAUAAUCAUACUGGAAUAAACGGUAACCUACACACUACAGGAAGAAGAAAAAAAACAGAAAUCUGAGCAUUGGUGCUCAGUAUAACUGUACAAAGUGGAAAAAACAAAAACCCUUGCUAAGACAUUCAUACAAAUACAACAAAAUAGAUGCCCUAAGGUCUCUAUUCAACCCUCCUGAGAGACUGAGCUUUGAACCACAUGACACACAGCAUAGGAUUCUUAAUGAUGAUGAUGAAACUUCACUCAAA